AUGUCUAAUAACAAGGCCGAAGCAAGUGCUCAAGGUGUCUCCCAUAUCGAGAGUUCAGAUUCAGAACAUUUAUACAGAGAUUCCGAUUCUGAAACUUCUGAAAGUGAUGAGGAUGUUGAAGAGGAGAUCAAUAUAGAUGUUGAACGUGAAUAUCCUAAAGUGUCUGCUGCAAAACAUUUUCCAACUCUAGAAGAUGCAUUUCUUUUUUAUCGGGAAUAUGGGAGGCAAGGUGGGUUUGAUGUUCGUAAGUCUGGUCAAAAAUCUGACAGAAGGGGUAAUGUCGUUUCCAAAGUCAUGCAGUGUAAUUGUGGUGGCAAUCCUACUCCGGGCAAACUAAAGUCUAAAGAUGAUAUGGUUGUCGAGAGUUCGCAAGAUAGGAGAACAACGUCUCGUAGAUGCUUAUGUGAAGCUCGCAUUGUGCUUAAAGCCGCAGGGCAACGGGGUUUUGUUGUCAUGAGUUUUGUGGAGGAGCAUAACCAUCAUCUAGCAGUCGGGGCUGAAAGUAUGUUUUUGCGAUGUAAUCGUAACGUCUCUAAAAGUCAUCUAAAUUUUAUUAUGGAUUGCUCUCGUGGAAAGAUCGACGCAACAAGAGCUUAUAAUUUAGCCAAAGAGAUGGUUGGCUCUUACGAGAAUGUUGGUGCUACUUGCUCAGAUUUCAAAAAUUUUGCACGUGAUGUUAAUCUUGGAAUUGGUGAGCACAAUGCUUGUAUGAUAAGACAAGUUCAAAACGAGAAUGAAAUUGGUCCGAAACGUGCUACUGAUAAAGUUUUUAUGGGCAAAUUGAAGUCAGUGAUUUAUUCAGAAAAUUCUUCACCUAUACAAUUUGAGGAAGGAUGGGCCGCGGUUAUAUCAGAAUAUGAAUUGCAGGACAACAAAUGGCUGGCUGACAUGUUUAGGAAGCGUAUAAGUUGGAUACCUGCAUACUUUUACGACAUUGAAAUGGCUGGAUUGUUAAGGACCACUUCCAGGUCUGAAAGUUCUUAUUCAUUUUUCCAGCAUUUUCAUGAGCGUGGUGACACCCUUGUUGAGUUUUUUUCAAGUUUUGAAAGUGCUAUGGACAAACAAAGGCUUCGUACAAUAGAAGAUGACAGAAAUUCCGGCAAAACACCAAGGAUGGAAACUCCAUUACAUAUUGAAAAAUAUGCUGCCCAAGUUUAUACCUUGGCUCUCUACUACCGUGUGAGGGAAGAAAUUAGAAAUGCUUGUUUUCAUACUACCAUGCCUGAAAUGUCCCGAACCGAUGAGAUGCGGUACUUUACAUGCAAAGAUGACUUGGCCAAAGGUCAACUAUUUAAGCAUUGCGGCAUUCAGUCAAUCCCGCGCAAGUAUGUUAAAGCUAGAUGGACAAAAGAUGCAUUAAAAAAUCACUCUUCACUUGGCUCAAUUGAAACUCCACCAAAUUGUGACAAGGCCGAGCGGAUUAAACACAAACGUACUAGAGCAUGUUUUGAAUUUCAACACUGUUUGGAUAUGGCUGGUGAAGACGAGGACAAGAUAGAUAUGGUUAGGUCCAAUUUGCGAGAUUUGGAUUCCACAUUUCAGAAAGGAUUGGAAGAUGCCGACGUGCAGAGUCAGGCAAAUCGGGUUGAUGCUUUUAUUGGCCCCAUCCCAGUCAAAGAGGAAUGA